AUGGCGCCUAGCAUGGAACUCGACGGCUUUACUCACAGAACUCUCAUCACCCAGCCUUUCAACCUGACCUACAGCUACUACCUCUCGCCCGACUUCCAUACCAAGCUCAAGGACUCGUCCCUCCCAAUCCUGCUCCUCCUACAUGGAUUUCCCGACGACGCUCACAUGUGGGCCGGCGUUGCUCCCACCUUCCUCAAGCUCGGCUAUCCGCUGGUCAUCCCUGAUCUUCUCGGGUUCUCUGGCAGCUCCAAGCCCACCAAUCCUCACCUCUACAACUACAAACAACAAGCCAAUUCCCUCGCCCAGAUCUUCGACACCGAACGCAUUACCGGCCCACGAAUCAUCCCCAUUGGACAUGACUGGGGCUCCGCCACCGCGCAACGGUUUUUCCUUUACCACCGACAACGCUGCAUCGGUCUCACUCUGCUGUCCCUUGCUUACCAGGUACCCAGUCCGAAGCACUUUUCAUUAUGGACAGCAAACCACGAGACCACCAAGCGAUUCGGCUAUCCGCAGUGGUCGUACUGGGAAUUCUUCACCGCCCCCGACGCCCCAGAUUUGAUGCGGCAGAACCUGGAGCGCUUCUGGGACGUCAACAACGGCAACUUCCCUUCCCCACUUCCCGAAGAAAAGGGCCGCGACAUUUGGAUGCGCGAGCAAUUCUGCGUGACCAACGCCAUGCGCGAGUACGUGACCUCGACGGGCCGCUACGCCAACUUCACCGUGCAGCCCAAACCCUACCCGAACUGGGCGGCCGAAAAGGCGCGCUUUGUGCAGCGCCUAAGCCGCGACGGCUUCGAAGGUCCCGUCUGCUACUACCACAGCCUCGCCAACAACACCAUGAUCGACGAUGAGCGCGCGCUGUGCGAGAAGUCCACAGACGGUAAAGACCAGCGCGUCAUCGACGUGCCGCUCCUGUACAUUGGCCAGACGGGCGACUGGGUGUGCCGCACGGAUCUGAUGGCGGACGCGCAGAAGCAGGCGCUCGUGCCGGAUUUGGAGGAGAAGGUGCUGGACGCCGGCCACUGGUGGGCGUACGAGAAGCCCGAGGAGUGCGCGGAUAUGAUUGCCGAGUGGUUGAAGAGGCGGUUUCCGAUCAAAGCCUGA